UCCUCUUGUUGUAUUACUACAAAUCUAGAAAUACAAAGUAAUAUAUAUACACAUAAUCGAAGUUGAAGAAAAUUAAUUUAGAGAGGAAAAAAAACGAUGAUGAUGAUGAUGAGCACAAACGAUAUGUUGAUGCAACUUGGAUCAUUGUUAGCAACAAUAAUGUUCAUUAAGGCUAUGUAUGAACAAUAUCUCCCUCAUCAUUGGCGGGAUUCGAUCCGCUCAUUCCUGUACCGCUACACGGAGAGAUUUGUAAGAAUUUUCUCUCCAUACCUUGAUAUAACCUUUGAAGAAUAUACUGGGGAUCGAUUUACUCCAAGUGAGGCUUACAUAACUAUUGAAACUUACCUUGGUGAAAAAACUUCCAAGAAAGCGAGGGGUUUAAAGGGUAAUUUUAUCAAGGGUGGUAAGGCUUUAGUACUUGGAUUAGCUGAUAACGAGGAGGUAACUGAUGAGUAUCAAGGAGUUAAGGUUUGGUGGACUAGUCGUAAAAGUUAUUCCAAAUCUCAAACCAUCAGUUGGUUCCCAGGAACAGAUGAAAAACGGAAUUAUCAGCUUAGUUUUCAUGGUCGCUAUAGAGAGUUUAUUACAAAAACGUACUUGAAUUACAUUUUAGAAGAAGGCAAAGCAAUUACAAUUAGAAAUAGGCAAAGAAAGUUGUUUACCAACGUUAAAGAACAAAGUGGUUCAUAUAGUAGAGGAGGCUUAUGGAGCCAUGUUGAGUUCAAGCAUCCCGCUACAUUUGACCACUUAGGUAUGGAGGAGUCCAAGAAAAACACAAUCAAGAACGACCUCGUUCGCUUUAGUAAAGCAAAAGAUUACUAUGCUAAGAUUGGAAAGCCAUGGAAACGUGGUUAUCUCUUGUAUGGACCUCCUGGUACUGGUAAAUCAACCAUGAUUGUUGCCAUUGCAAACUUGUUGGAGUAUGAUAUUUAUGACCUUGAACUAACCGCGGUUAAAGAUAAUACUCAAUUAAGGAGGCUACUUAUCGAGACUUCAAGUAAGUCUAUGAUUGUGAUUGAAGAUAUUGAUUGCUCGCUUGAUUUAACGGGACAAAGAUCAUCAACAACAAAGAAUGAUAAGGACAAGGAUACUAAGGAAGAUGAAGAUGAUAAAGAGAAGGUUAAGAAGAAGUUGAAAGAAGAAGGGGAAAACAAAAAAAGUGAGGUUACUCUUUCUGGGUUGUUGAAUUUUAUUGAUGGGAUUUGGUCUGCUGUUGGAGAAGAGAGGCUAAUUAUCUUUACUACGAAUCAUAUUGAAAAGCUUGAUCCUGCACUUAUUCGAACAGGUCGAAUGGAUGUGCAUAUUGAGUUAUCACAUUGUUGUUUUGAAGCGUUUAAAGUGCUUGCCAAUAAUUAUUUAGAUGUUACAUCACAUCCUUUGUUCGAGAAGAUCGAGAGGUUGUUAGAGGAGACUAAGAUGAACCCUUCUGAUGUAGCUGAAAAUUUGAUGCCUAAGUCACUUGAGAUAGUUGUCGAUACUUGUUUAGAAAAUUUGGUUAAGGCUCUUGAGAAGUCGAAAAUGGAUGAUCAAUUGAAGAAGGAUGAAGAGGAAAAAAGAGAGAAGGAGAAAGCGAAAAAUGAGGUAAAGGAAGAAAUUAAGGUGGAAGAACAAGUACUUGCUAAUGGGGAGAUCAAACAUGAAGAAGAUACCAAGAACAAGCCCUGAUGUUGAUGAGGAGAAAGACAUUGGUAAUGGUAACUAUUAUUGUGCUUAUUAAUUAUUAUACAAACCAUUAUACAAAACAAUGAGUAUGUUUUAAGUAAAUAAUAUGUUAUCACCUUAAUUGUGGUUAUAUGAUAGCUCUGUGUAUCAAAGAAAUACAUUUGUAGAAGUGCUAAUUAGUAUUGUUGUGCUUAUUACGAAAUCAUUGUACUUAGAAUGCGUAUUAUUAAGUACAAUCAUGUAAUUAGCUUAUUUGGUCAUACGGUGUACUGUCUACGUAUAGUUGCCCUAUAAGCUGAAUAAUAGCCGAAUUUACCUUGUCCCUGUAUCCUAAUUAAUAGUAUAAAAUUCCUCUGUUUUCUUUUCAUAA